GCAGCGCGCAGGCGCGGCAGCGGAGAGGGGAGCGGAGCCGGGGGAGGGGGUUGCGCUCAGCGCCCGCAGAUGCCAUGCGGUUGCCGCUGCCCCUCCUGGCGCUGGCGGCGAUGCUGCUGGCGCCCCGCCGCAGCGUAACCUCCCGCGGGGAGCAGCCGCACGCAGUGGAGUCACCUACUCAGGUUGUAGUAACAUCUGAAAAUUUCAGAACCGUCUUGCAUUGGGAAUACCCACCUAUGUCUGAAACUCCUCAUUUUAUUGUGGAAAUCAAACCAUACAAUUCAGGUGAAUAUAAGAACAUCUCAACAUGUGUGAACAUUUCGGCUCAUUUUUGUGAUCUCUCACGGGAAAUAGAUGAUGUGUUUUCUUCUCACUGGAUUCGAGUUAAAGCUAUUGUUGGAUCACAACAGUCUGAGUAUGUUGAGACAAAUGAGUUUAUUUUACAAAAGCAUGGAAAAAUAGGACCACCAAAACUGAGUCUUUCAAGGCACAAUGAUAAAAUCAUGGUUGAUAUUUACCAUCCUCCAUUGCCAUCUAUGGAGCAUCUUCCGUUGAUGAAAGAUGUUUAUUCAGAGUUUGUGUACUUGGUGACUUUUUGGGAUAGUACAAAUGAGACUAAAGAAGACAACUUGAAGAUUAGCCUUGAAGAAAGCUGUACAAUGCGUAAAUGCAUCCUAAACAUCCCAGUAACUGCUGAAGGUUCCACUUACUGUGUUUCAGCAAGGGGAAUUUUAUAUGAUCAUCUGAUGGUUAGCGCCUCAUCAGAAGAAAGCUGCAUUCAUGUUCCUCUCAACUGGACAUUGAGCACACAAGAUAUCAUCGUUCUAUGUACUGUCAUUCUGAGCUCGAGUCUAAUUUUUGCGAUAUAUUGUGGCUACAAGAAACUAAGGAAGAAGAACGUAAAGCUUCCUAAGUCUUUGGUCAGUGUGAUAAGAAGCCUAAACAAAGACAAUAUUCUAGAAUCGAAAUCAGAAGCCAAAUACACAUCUGUAAUAAACUUCAUGUCAGACCACUCAUUGUUGCCAGUAACCUCACUGGAGGUAGAGCCAAAAGAAGAUACUGUUAAUCCUGAGAAUUCCAGUGAAGGAACAUCUUCUGUUCCUCCCCCAGAGGCACCAGCCAAAACAGAAGAGGUGUCAGUGCAGGAAGACACAGGAGAGGUAUUUUCUGAUGAUGAACAGACUCACAAAGUAAAAGAGAGUUAUUUCAUUUCUGACAGUAGCCAAAUGGAUAUAUGCAGUAAUUCUUCAGGGUCAGAGGUUUCUGCCACAGAAAUACAACAAACAGUCCUUCCAAGCAGCUGUCUCAAAUUUUCUGGCUAUGACAAGCCUCAUGUGCCACUAAAUAUGUUGAUUGACGUUGGUGAAGAACAGCCUGUGAUUGCUUACAGGCCAACUGACUAACCACGGUAUCUGAAGUGUUUGACCAGAACUUAGAACCUAACAGCAUUACUGAAGAUUGUGGAAAAUCUGGGUUAUGUUAUGAACAUCAACAAGUUGUAUUUGUUCUGAUCCAACCAGAGUAAUCAGUACGCAACUUAGUACAGUGGAAUCCUGAAAUGGGACUGAAAGUAAUGCCUUAUAACAGCAUAAAAAGUGUAGGGAAAUUUUCUAAUAAUCACUUUAAGAAAUAUUUGUGUAUAUAACUAUUUCAUAUUGGUAGUAGUGCUCUGGGUUUUUUUCCAACAGUACUGUAUGGAGACGAGACUUCAUGAAGGAGUGUAAAACAGCAGCUGCAUCAUUAUCCCUUUCUGUUUCAAAUCCUUUUCAAAAUUAAUUUGAUGAACAUAAUGUUUAAGAAGUCCUUCAUUUGGUUAUGAUAGAGAUGUGCAGGAAAUAUUUGAGAGUUUUGGCCUUUAUUUGAAGUGUUCCCUUGCUUGUAUUUUUCUCUUGAAGAGUAUUUUUGUAUUAAAUGAAACGCUACUAUUUCUUUUGCGUAAGGUUGUGUCUAUAACCUUUUCCUGUAUAUCUUAAGAAUUUUAUUCCGUGACCAAGAGCCAGUUAUUUACAGUCUUUUCUGCAACUAGAAUUAUGUACUUCUAGGACCAUUACAUUGUACAUUUCUGUGAGUGACUUUUUCCUUGGUAGUAUUAAGUCCUGUGACUAAAAAAAUCUAUUCUUAAGAGAACUGUUAUUUGUGUAUAGCAGCAUCUGUUUGGAUCAGCUACAUGCAUUGUGUAACCAUGUCACAUUCUGGAUAAUUCCUGUAUUGGUGUGCCAGCCAGUCAUCAAUGGAAAAAAAAAAAAUGUGUGUAAUAGGUGAUUGCACAAGUACCAGAAAGUGUUUCUAAAAUCCAAAAGCUUUCUUUCUUCAAGAACAUGUUUGUUCUAAUUCUUUGAACAAUGUGAUUUUUUUUUAAGUAGUAAUCAACAAGAUGUAUUCCAAACAUGUUUCUAGCAGGUUGAAAAUUAGUACAAUUUUUUCCCUUUUUAUGACUUCACACGGGAACUACACCAAAUUACCUCCCUCUAAGAAUACAAAUAAUAAGACAAUAGAAAAGUGGUGUGGUACAUUGUAGUUCGUAGUUUAUUGUCAUCUGAUAGCCUUCUGAAUUUUGUACCAUGAGACUGUGGUUUUGAAAACUGAAGGAUGAGGAUUUUAUUUUUCUUUUAUAUUUAAAAAAUUGUUGGGUCUAAUUUCCGCAAUCCAGCUAUUUUCCUGUAGCAAAUUUGAUGGCUAUAUUUGAUGGGUAUGUUCUGGUUGUCAGAAAUGUUUACAGUAGUUCUUAAUGAAGCUUAGUUCGGGAAAAAUGUUUUACGGACACAAGGUGGUGCACUUAUACAAAAAUUAUGUCUUUGUUUUAAAAGAUAUUUUUGUAGGACUAUCAGAAAUGUUUGUAUAUCAUAUCAGGUGUUUUUUAAAAGAAAAGCAAGUGUCAUAGUGCUGCUGUCCUUACAUUUCGCAGUGACAUGAGUGUUCCCAAGAUCAAAUUAGUUUACACAGCAAUUUCUGGACUACUCCCAUUCAUGCAGAUAUCAGACAUUAGCCACAAGGUUAGUUACCAGUUGUUUGUAGUGGUCUUAAGAGAGAGCCUGGAAACAGGGCAAGGGCAUGGUGUGGUAUUUCUCUUAGGAUACAGUCCAGAAGCCUGCAAUUUGAGUUCUUCUUGGGACAGGGAACAUGGAAAUUCUUUACCAGCUACAGUGAGUUCACUUUGCUUUUGAAGUUCUGUAGUGUCAAAUAUCUGAGCCAUGUGGUUUGGGGGCUGUCAGGUGCCAUUUAUCUAUGCACUUUCACUUAAAAUUAUUUUAAAUUAAUAGUCUUGUGGUAAAGAAGUAGUUUGCUUAAGCUUCUGGAUAUUCAUGGAUAGCAUCUUGACCCAGAGUAUCAGUGCCUAAAAUUUACAGAUUGAAAAUCAUUUAAUAUUUGUGCCUUUUACGGACGUAUCAGCCAUCCAGUGUGACACGUGUAGAAAGUUUCACGACCUAAAGCUGUUUCAGGUGUUUUUUACUCUUGUCAUGGCUGCUGCCUUCCUGUCUCCUAAAGAUGAUUUGGGAGAUGAUGGGAUAUAAGACUCCAAAAUAUUAUAUACUGUGUAAAAAUAAAUUGCAUCACAAAACUUUAGCUUAAUACCUGACAACGUUUCUAUGAAGAUCUUUAGUUCUUAUUUUUGCAUGGACAUCAUAACUUUUUAUUACCAGGUCUGCAAUUACGAAUGAAGCAUCAUGGUAAUACUCUGUGCUGGCACAGAAGCAUCAAAUGUUUUGCCUUUAUGCUUUUUCUGCAUAAAUCAAUAAUGUAGUUUAAACAAUUCUUUUUUGUCAAAUCUACUGACAUCUGUGGAAACAAAACGUAUCUUGUAGAGUCCCAGUUGCUUAGACUAGAAGUGUAUUUGUGUGUAGUCCUUCACUACUUAAGGUGGCAGGAAAGAAACUUGCAUGAGAAGAGCCAUUUUCCUCAAGGCUAUAAGUAACCUGUUGCUCUGAAGUGGGGCCGAAUAAACAGUGUAGUAUUGAUAAAUAAGAGCUAUUGUACUUGGCUCAAAUUAAUAGUUGUAGCCUGUCUUAUAAAAGCCGAAGAAACAAAUAAGAAACCAAACACAAGGCACCUUUUGUCUUCUAAAAUAAGUGACCUGCAUAGAUGUCUUUAGUGUAUUUUUUAAAAAUUCGGUCCUUCAGCUAUGAAGCCCAUAUUUAUUAAUACACUUUCUGCAUUCUGUAAAUGAGUCCAAUCAUUGGGCAGUGUGGGGC